AUUUAUAGCUAAAACGAAAAUUGUAGUGUGAUUGUAACUCAAAUUUCUGUAUUAUUUUGCAUUUAGUAUUUUUGAAAAAACAGUUGAGCCUUGCUUUUUGUAUCGUUGCGUAGUCCCUGAAUCUAGGCGUUUGUUCGUCAUUGCUGCAUUCGUAUUUGUUUCCCACAACAAGUAGAGUCUAGGGACCUAAAUUUUUAAAACAAAAGACGUAUAUUUUUUCAUCCCUUGGAUUUUCCUUUGAUUAAAGUGAUUAGGAUAUUAUGCCGAGACCAACAGGACCUGGGCCGGCGGCUUAUACGCUGCCUAGCACAUUUGGAUAUUUAAACUGCGAUGCGCGCAUGCGUCGCGGUCCACAAUAUUCCUUUGGACGAAAACCAGCAAUGCCAGCAUUUAAAAAAUCGGGUCCCGGCCCGGCUGAAUAUCAAAUUGGUCAAAUUACUCGUUUUGGGAAUGCUAAGGGACUUGAGUUUAGUAUGCUUCGACGGGGAGAGCUAAACAAACCCAACUCCGUGCGCUAUAAUUAACUAGUCGCAAAACAAAACGUUGAAUGUACUACUCGGGAUGUGAAAUAACUUGACUUAUCAUCCUAGGAUUAAUAAUAUAAUAGGUAGAUAUAGAAUUCUGUA